GGACAAGCCCCUGGUAACCUCGCAGGAAGUGUUCCAGUGCACGCAGUAGGUGUCCUACCCAUCGGGUCCCGCCAAUUCUGGUGGGCACCAGUGGUGUGUGCCCAAGAGCCUGGAAGCUGGUUACCAGUUUUGCCCGGUUCAGUGGACUGGUGUGGUGGUAGCAGCCUAAAUGAUGGAUGGGGAACACCAGGAAGAGAAGCCUUCACAUGAGAAAGAAAAUGCUCUACACAAUGAAGAGAAGACUUCAUGUGAUGUGGAGAAGACUUUAUGUGACAUGGAGAGAGCUUUGUGUGACAUAAAGAAGAGUGCUGAAGAGAGCAUUUCAAGUAAUGAGGAGAACAGUUCAGAUGAUGAGGUUGGACAAAGACUGGAUUCAAAAGUCCCAAGUGGCUCAGAGCCUCUUCCAUCUAAUGCAGAACACCCCUGCGAUAAUGAAUCUGAGCUGUUGCCACAAAAAACCUCCCAAGCUAAAAAACCUCAACGCAAAAAAUUCGCGCCACGGAAAGGUACAAGGUCAAGCUUACGUUCUAGCACAAAAAUGACAGUCAGCGCAUGUAGUAUGACAGAUGAUGGUAAAAGAAAAUGGGACAAAAAACACUUCUGCCUGUAUUGCAAUGAACCACACCACAAAAUUGCAAGACAUUUAGAAAGGAUACACGCCGAAGAAGCAGCUGUCGCUCAUGCUAUGAGCUUCCCUAAACUCUCCAAAAUCAGGUCUCUUUUGCUUGACCAACUCCGUAACAAAGGCAACUAUCAAGUUCUUCAAAGUGGAGAUGGUGAAAUUGUGACUAAGGAUAGACCCUCUUACAAUGGUGUUUCUGUGCGUGACUGCCUGCCCUGCCAACACUGCUUAGCUUUUUUCAACAAAAUAGAUUUAUGGAAGCAUGAGGGCUCAUGUAAAGCCAGAAAAGGACAAGAUGAAAAGAGGGGAGGAAAAAGAGUGCGGGUCCAAGCUGCAUCCUCUCGACUUCUUCCACUGCCUGUCUACUCUACUGGAGGGUGUGAAGAAAUAAUACACAAUAUGAAUCAAGAUGACAUCUUAUGCCACAUCAAAAAUGAUCCCCUGAUAUGUAAAUAUGGCAAUGCACUAUCUGCAAAGCAUGGCCAUGCCAAGUCACAGUUUACAUACAUUGGAUCAAAAAUGAGGGAAUUGGCUAGAUUUGUACUUACUGUAAAUGAGAUGGACUGUGGUGUCCAAUAUCUGCAUGAAGUAUGUGUACCAUCCAAAUUCAAAUUGGCCGUUCAUGCUGCCAGGAAAAUGAGUGGUUUUGAUCCUGCCUCCGACAGGUACAAGACCCAAUCUCUUCCUUUAAAGAUCGGCUAUUCCUUGAAAAGAGCUACUGAAAUAGCUUUUGGGGAGAGUCGUAUGACAGAGGACCGUGAUGCAGAGGCACAAGCCAGAAGGUUCAUUGAGCUUCUUGAAAACGAUUGGAAUAACUGUUUUUCCGGUUUGUCCCUCAGCGCUGUGCCUCAGUGUGAUGAAGUUGAUGUGUCUUCACUAACUGAGGAUUUGAUUAAACUUCAGAAGUUUCUCAAGGUUGCAGAGGACACAGCAAAGAGAGAAUUGCUCGAGAGCCCCACCAACGCUGUCUGGAAAAAGCUCAAUGAAACUCUUCUUGCCGAAAUAGCUCUCUUCAACAGAAAAAGGACAGGAGAGGUUGCGAAAAUGCUGUUGGAAACAUACACAAACAGAAAGAAAUCUCCAGCUAGCGCAGACAUUUUCAAUAGCCUCUCAAGGCUGGAACAGGAGCUUGGUGACGACAAAUUAACCAGGGUGGAAAUAGAAGGUAAAAAUGGUAGAACAAUGCCGGUCCUACUAACGGCGAGGAUGAUCUCAUCUCUUGAGAUCCUAAUUGCAAACCGAGACAAAGUUGGUGUGUCAAAGGACAACCCUUAUGUCUUUGCACGGAGCCCAGAUGCAGCAAGCUACGUCAGAGGGUCUGACUGUUUGAGGAAAUUUGCUCAUGAGUGUGAUGCAAAGAAUCCUGAAAGUCUGAUCCAUGCUACAGUGAGGAAAGAGGUUGCUAUCCAUUGCCAAAUUCUGAACUUAAAUGAAAGUGAAUUGGAUCAGGUGGCAAAAUUAUUGGGACAUGACACCCAGGUCCACAAAGAGUACUACAGACUGUCUGAAAACGCAGCACAUCUAGCAGAAAUCAGCAAAUUGCUGCUUGCAAUGGAUCAGGUUCCAGUGGUAAUUCCAGGACCAUCUGAGGAAAGGAUUGUUUCACCUACAUAUGGGGCAUAUUCUGCAGGGACAUAUUCAGCGGGAACCGAUUCUGCGAGGGCGUAUCCUGCUGGCACAUAUACCACUGGGUCAUCUUAUCCUACAGCGACAUAUUCCGCAAAGUCAUAUACAUUGGGGGCACAGCCUUCAAGGUCAUAUCAUGCUGGGACAUAUCCUGAGAAGUCAUAUCCUUCUGGAUCACAUUCUGCAAGGUCAUAUCAUGCUGGGACAGAUUGUGCAAGGGUGUAUCCUACUGGGAUAAAUCCUGCUAGAUCAUAUUCUGUGACACAUCCUGCAGAGACCUAUCCAGCAGCUUCGUAUGCUGCUGGGACACAUCUUGCAAGUUCAUAUCCUGCAAGUCCUUAUGACCUAUCAUCUCCUGCAAGAUCAUAUACUUCGGGGACAAAUCCUGCAAAAUCAUAUCCUGAAGAGACAUAUCCUAUGGGGACAUAUCGUGCAGGGACACAUCUUGCGGGUUCACAACUUGCAAGGUCAUAUUCUGCCGGAACAUAUCCUGCACAGACACUUCCAGCGCGUACUGUUAUUACGCCAACACUUAAUGCACAGACACUUCCUGUUGGGGCAGUGCCUGCGGUUGCCGUUCCUUUGGGUGCAGUUCCUUUGGGGACAGGUUCUGUGGGGACAGAUAAGGUGGGCACAGUGUGGAAACAGAGGAUGUGGAGUGAUGCAGCUAAGGCUGCGGUGAACCGUCAGAUGGGACACUUUAUCUCAAUGAUGGAGGUUCCAGGUAAACAGGACUGUGAAGUUUGCCUGCACAAUGAACCAGCACUAAGAGACAGGACAUGGAGGGACAUCAAAAACUAUGUGCACAACACAGUAAAAUCUAUAAAACGAAAGAAUGGCCUUACAAGAGUGGACCCCACAAAACAGACAAAGAAAGGAGCAGCAAAGAAACAAAAAGAGGCGAAGCGUGCUAAAGAAUGGGUUGGUGGAACAAUGGCAGUACCUGCAGUGGGUCAAGAAGGCAGACUUGAGGCAGGUCCUGUGGCAACACCAAGGAAACAGAAGAUAUGGAGUAAUGAGGCUCAGGCUGCGGUCAGGCGGCAGCUAGGAGACUUCACUAAACUGAUGAAGAUUCCAGGUAAAAAGGAAUGUGAUGCAUGUCUUGCAGCUGAACCAGCUCUGCAAGGCAGGACAUGGAAAGAUGUAAAAAACUAUGUGCGUAAUACAUUAAUGACAAUGUGCAGGAGGCAUAUUUCAGGCAAACAAAACAUGGACCAUGAAAAACCAAGUCCAAGGACACCGAAACCAGGGGUCCAACAAAAUCCAGGGGUGCAUCAGAAACCAGGGACGCUGUUGGGACUUCCAGAAGAUCCUCCUGUUUAUCUGUAUUUAUGAUUACCUUGAACUAGUUUUAAAAGCUUUUGAUUUAAUCUGACAUCCUUGCUCAUUCUGAUCUCACUUUGUAACAUAAAGCAAGAAUCUAGAACCAUUUUAAGGACAUAAUAUCACUACGUACUUUAUUCUACAAAUGUAUCCGUAGUAACUAGACUACAUAGUGAUGUAGUAUGAAUAUAAACUUGUUUAGCUGAAUUUUACGUACAUUUUCUCAGCUUCUUUUUAAAAAUUUUGGCACGAUGUAUUCUGACGCCCAAAUUCAAAAUCCUUUGGCAUGAGCUACACCAACGACGUAUGUAAACCCUGGAUUGCUGAUGCUAUGUAUUGUCCUUUAAGAGGCUUUGAAGACACUGGUUGGCCUUGUUGGCACUCCCCACUAGGAGUAGUCCUCCAUAGGAAUGACUGGAAUUCUACAGUAUUUUAAUUAAAUGUUUCAAGGACAGAAUUACAUGUGUUUUGUUGUAGUGAGGACAGUAACAUUAGUACUCGAAAAUACUUUAAGAAAAUUGUCUUUUUGCCUGUACCAUUGUAUGUGUAGUUAAUGUAUAUGUGUAGGUUAGGUUUUGAAUAAAAACAACUGUUCAGCAAACCCGAGGAUUUACUGGGUUAGGCUAUUCCUGGUAGAAGUGCGGUGUGAAUGGGUUAAAGUACUACAUUUGUGCCCAGGUUAGAGAGUAUGGUUUGAUGUUUGAGCUGCUUGAAAUCCACCAAUCACGUAAAGAAAAAUGUUUCUUUGGCUGUUCUAGAAUUAUACUGAGCGAAAAUUAUAAGCGCCGCUUGUUACGUGUUGGUCCCAUGAGCUAAAAUAGAUGCCAGAAAUUUUCCAUAAGCACACAAACCUUAUUUCUCUCAAAUGUUGGGGACAAACUACUUCACAGCCCUAUUAGUAAGCAUUUCUCCUUUACAUUAUGACUUACAGUAAGGAGGGUAUACAUUUUAAUAUUUGUUCAUACUGGUCCCACGUGGGAAUCAAACCCACAACCCUGGCGUUGCAAGUGCCAUGCUCUACCAACUGAGAUACACAGGACCUCCUUUACCAAGAUAACCCAUCCACCUGACAGGUGUGUCUCCCACACUGAUAAGAACCUUGGUGUGACCCUGGACAACACCCUGUCGUUCUCUACAAAUAUCAAAGCAGUGACCUGCUCCUGCAGGUUCAUGCUCUACAACAUCUGUACAUUACGACCCUAUUUAACACAGGAAGUGGCGCAGGUCCUAAUCCAGGCCCUUGUACUCUCCCGUCUGGACUACUGCAACUCGCUGUUGGCUGGGCUCCCCACUUAACCCAUUAAGCCCCUGCAACUUAUCCAGAAUGCUGCAGCCCGCCUGGUUUUCAAACUUUAAGUUUUCUCAUGUCACCCCACUCCUCCGCACAUUCCGCUGGCUUCCAUUCAAAGCUCUCAUCCACUACAGGACCCAUGGUGCUUACCUACGGAACAGCAAGAAAAACUGCCCCUCUCUACCAUCAGGCUAUGCUCAAACCCUACACCCCAAGCCGAGCACUGCAUUCUGCCACCUUAGGUGCCACCCCAGUUUACAAUUGGCUCAUUCAUCCCCCUCUCUCCUGUAACUAUUCCCCAGGUCGUUGCUGUAAAUGAGAACAUGUUCUCAGUCAACUUACCUGGUAAAAUAAUGGAAAAAGAAAAGAAAGGUCUCUUGGGUCUCCCAGCUCAGGCCAAUCCAAGUUCUUCUCUGUCCUAGCACCCCUCUGUCCUGGCAAGCCCACCCAUGGCUGUGCCCCUGCCCAGUCAUGUGAUAUCCGUAGAUUUAUAUGCUUAUGAAUUGUAACCCAGUAAAAUUAUUCCAAUUUUUGCAUGUUGCAUUUAUAUUUUUGUUCAAUAUAGAAUCUUCACAUGACUACACAAAGACCAGCUCCAUUAAAUGUUUUAUUUUAAUGUAUUAUACAUGCAUGCAUACAUACAUACAUGCAAGUAACUGAAAUGUGUUUUGCCAAUUGGAAACCGUUCCUUCAUUCUGUGUGUGUGUGUAAUUGGUUUCAGAGAAUCACAGAGCCUAUUCCUCUUGUACUUUGGUCUUUAGCUGUCCAUGUACACUACUGUUCAAAAGUUUGGAGUCACUUAGAAAUGUUUUUGUCCAUUAAAAUAACAUCAAAUUGAUCAGAAAUACAGUGUAGACAUUGUUAAUGUUGUAAAUAACUAUUGUACCUGUAAAUAACUAUUGUACCUGGAAACAGCUGAUUUUUCUUUAAAUGGAAUAUCUACAUAGGCAUACAGAGGAUCCUCCCACUCUUUCUAUUCUUGUUAGAGCCAGUUUGCGCUGUUCUGUGAAGUGAGUAGUACACAGCAUUGUAUGAGCUCUUCAGUUUCUUGGCAAUUUAUUGCAUGGAAUAGCCUUAAUUUCUCAGAACAAGAAUAGACUGACGAGUUUUAGAAGAAAGUCCUUUGUUUCUGGCCAUUUUGAGCCUGUAAUCGAACCCACAAAUGCUGAUGCUCCAGAUACUCAACUUGUCUAAAUAAGGCCAGUUUUAUUGCUGCUUUAAUCAGAACAAGUUUUCAGCUGUGCUAACGUAAUUGCAAAAGUGUUUUCUAAUGAUCAAUUAACCUUUUUAAAAUGAGUUUUUAGUUUUUUUCAAAUUAUAAACUUUGAUUAGCUAACACAAUGUGCCAUUGGAAAACAGGAGUGAUGGUUUCUGAUAAUGGGCCUAUGAAGAUAUUCCAUAACAAAUCAGCCGUUUCCAGCUACAAUAGUAAUUUACAACAUUAACAAUUUCUACACUGUAUUUCUGAUAAAUGUUGUUAUUUUAAUGGACAAUAAAUGGUAGUGUAGGUCUACUUGUUUUAUUAAUGUUGCUAUUAUUCAGUACUGUCUUAACCAUAUUGAUUUCACAGCAGCAGUUUAAGUUUUUCAACACUAAUUUAGGCUGACUAACCUGUAUAGGGUGUGAUAGCUGUUGCUUCUCUAUAUUAUUUAAUCCACUUGACUACUAAUAUUAUAUAUUUCAUCCACUUGCCUCCUAGAUAAUGUUAUUAUUGCAAGUCAAUCUUUGUUGAUUCUAAUUGCAUUAAGGUUCAAGGAGGAAUUAUGUAAAUGAGUUUGUUUAAAUUGAUCAGUUUGUGUAAUAACUGCAACAGAUCUGCUACGGUGUUAGGUGUUAACUGAGGAAAAAUAAUCAAGGGUUUCACCACACCCCACUAUUUACUGUCUAAAGAUGUUUCAAUUGUUUUUUUUCACCAACAUGUAUUUGUUAUCAAGCUGCCUUUCGUUACCCCCUGGUGUUCAUUGUGUGUAAUCUAAGAUACUAUAUUUGCUUCGUUAAUAAAUUGUUACUUGAUGUAAAUGUUAAAAUGUUAUUCCAGUUCUCAGAAUAUUCAUAUAGCCUUUUUGAGGUCCACCAUUAGUGUUCCAACAGGGAUUUAGAAUUGUACCAAUAACAGUUCAAGGAAACAGCUUUGAGAUUUCAUGACGCUGUAAUGCUAGGAAUCUAUCAUCACCAUUGCUUUAUGCUUUCAUGAACUUAACAUUUUUGGAUGAAAAGACAACGCCCUAGGUAAGUAUACAAUCAGCUAAACCUUCAAAUAAGUGAACUGCCCCUCUAAUUCUUUAAGCAAUUAGCCCCUCCACAUUUAUUAUCAUAUAUAACUUGUUUGCUACAAGUGGCUUUGGAAAGCUGUGGUCCUCGGUAAUGAAGGUGUGUGGGUGUCUGUGUCUGUUGCCUCCCACAGGACUCCAGUGGUAUGUCCCUGAGUAUGUUGGCAGCAGCAGGGGGACAGGAUGACAUCCUGAGGCUGCUGAUAAAGAAGGGGAACGGACGGCAGAAGAACGGCACCACUGCCCUAAUGCACGCUGCAGAGAAGAACUUCCUGAGCACAGUUGCUAUCCUCCUGGAGGCAGGGUCCUACGUCAACGCUCAGACACCGGGAGGAGAGACGGCCCUGACGAAGGUGGUAGCAGUCUAAACGAUGGAUGGGGAAUCAGAGGCCAAACCUCGAGUAGAGGAGGAGAGCACAGCCCCAGAUAAGGAACCCAUGGACACAGACACCACUCCCUCAGAGCAAACUACACCCCCCAUGAGAACCCAGGCUCCUGUCACCAAGGCAAUAGAAGAACCCUCCAGGGUUAUAGACAACAAUGACGAUGAUGAUGUGGUGCUGGUGGAAGAGGCCCCGUCUCCCUCUGCUACUCCCUCUUUCCAAGCUGCCUCCACACCCACAGACUGCACUGAGCCCCACCCCACUGAAACCGAUACCACAGCAAUGAUAAACACGACAACAGCCACAGCCCCCGCCAAGAUCCCCAGUCCACCCGCCACCUAUUCUGCAGCACCUACAGAGCCUAUCGUCAUUGACGAUGAGGAGGAUCCCGGGCACAGAGGCUUUUCCUCACUUGCCACAGCCGGAGGCCCUUCUUCAGAUAGCGAAGGCAUACUGAGCAGCACAGAGCCCGAUUCUGAGAUAAAGAUUGCCAGUGUCACAACGCUGGGGCCCUCUGUUGCCACGGCAGCUACAGCAGCCGAGCCAAUGGCGGAAGGGGACAUGAACCUGGUGAUCACCAGUGUGACGUCACUGCAGGGCGGGGUAGGCAUGGUGGAGAAUGGCUUGCAGAUCAGCAGCACCUUCAGUCUGAAUCCUGAGGCCCAGAGCUCCAUCAGCACCAACAGGCUCCCGGCCACCUUCAACCCUGGCCGGGUUAGCAACACCUCCACCACUAGCCAGCCUGUACAGAACGGAGACACGGUGACCCACCAGACGCCUGAUUCGUGGAUCUCCCAGUCGGCCUCGUUCCCGCGAAACCAGAAACGGGCGGGGGUGGACUCUACAUCACCAGCCGUAUCCCUGCCCAAACCACCCGGCCCCUCAGGCUCCCAGAACCCCCCUCGCACUGUCAAGGUGACCUGCGCCAAUUGUAAGAAGCCUCUGAAGAAAGGCCAGACGGCUUACCAGCGGAAAGGGUCCACACACCUUUUCUGUUCCACCACCUGCCUCUCUUCCUUCUCACACAAACCUACCCCUAAGAAGAGCUGCACCAUGUGCAAAAAGGACAUCACUACAAUGAAGGGCACUAUCGUGGCCCAGGUGGACUCCAGUGAAUCGUUCCAGGAGUUCUGCAGUACAGGCUGUCUGGGAGCCUACGAGAAUAAACAGAACCCACCCAAGUCCUCCCUUAAAACUAAGUGCACUGUCUGCAGCAAGCUCACUGAGAUCCGCCAUGAGGUGAGUUUCAAGACUGUCACGCAUAAGAUCUGCAGCGAUGCCUGUUUCAACCGUUACCGCAUGGCCAACGGGCUCAUUGUGAACUGCUGUGAGCAGUGUGGUGAAUACCUGCCCAGCCGCGCCACCGCCAACCACUUCCUCAUCAUCGAUGGCAAGCAGAAACGCUUCUGCUGCCAAAACUGUAUCAGUGACUACAAGCAGGCCAACUCUAAGAUGACGAUGUGUACUGGCUGUAGGGCCAUGGUCCGGUCUAGUGAAGUAACUCACUGCAUCGGGGCCAGCAGCACAAUGGAACCAUACUGCUCCACAGCCUGCAUGAACAAGACCAAGAUCGCCAGCAGCGCUACCACUAUCCUCCAGCCCACGUGUCACUUCUGUAAGAAGACAUCGUUACCUCAGUACCAGGCAUCACUGCCUGAGGGGAAGGUCGUAAACUUUUGCAGCUCAAUGUGUGUCACCAAGUUCCAGAAUGCAACCAUUCAUACAGUAACCAAUGGACAAGCUCCCAUGUCUAUAACAAACCACAACAUCCAGCUCAAAUGUAAUUACUGUCGAGGAGCAUUCAGCCUAAAGCCUGAAAUCCUGGAGUGGGAGGAUAGAAUGUACCAGUUCUGCAGUAAAAUAUGUUGUGAGGACUACAAGAAGCUGCACUGCAUCGUCACGUUCUGCGAGUACUGCCAGGAGGAGAAGACGCUACACGAGACGGUCAAGUUCUCUGGAGUCAAGAGGCCCUUCUGCAGCGAAGGUUGUAAGCUGCUGUUCAAGCAGGACUUUGCCAACCGGCUGGGUCUGAAGUGUGUCACCUGUAACUACUGCACUCAGCUGUGUAAGAGAGGAGUGACCAGGCAGCUGGCCGGUGUUUCCAGGGACUUCUGCAGUGAAACCUGCGCCAAGAAGUUCCAUGAGUGGUACUACAAGGCGGCACGUUGUGACUGCUGUAAGGUGCAGGGGAACCUGACUGAGUCGGUACAGUGGAGAGCAGAGAUGAAGCACUUCUGUGACCAGCAGUGUCUCCUCCGUUUCUACUGCCAACAGAACGAACCCAACCUGGAAACGCAGAAGGGCCCAGAGAACACCAGACUUGGAUUUGGAAUACAAACCGAGGCAACCAACAUUGCGAUGUUGAGUCAGCCGUACACCGGUGGAGGGAUCCUAAAGGAUGUGAAGAAUAAAGCUGUACUCUGCAAGCCUCUCACUAUGACCAAGGCCACCUACUGCAAACCACACAUGCAGAGCAAGCUCCUACAGACGGAUGAGGAUGACGGGGUGAAGAGGGAGUACAUUCCCGUGCCCAUCCCUGUACCCGUGUUCAUCCCCGUCCCCAUGAACCUCUACGCCCAGGUUACACCCAUGCCCAUCACACUACCCGUCCCGGUUCCAGUGCCGGUAUUCCUGCCGACCACGAUGCAGGGUGCAGAUCAGAUUGUCCAGACCAUCACCGAGCUUAAGGCCAAAGUCCCAACUGACCCCCACGAGGCUGACCUCCUCUCCAUAGCUGAGAUGAUCGCAGAGGACCAGAAGCCAGAUGUUAAGAGGGAGCGAGGAGGAGAGGCCAGGUCCAGCAGCUCCAGUAGCAGCAGCUCUGAAUCGGAUGGGGAGGAUGAGAAGUAUGAACCAGACCUGGACCUGGAGAACGACUUUCCUCAAGACCCUGUCCCUGCGCUGGAGGGCCUGGACGUGGACAUGGGGUUCACCCUGCCCCCUCUCCUGGCUGAGGAGAAGGAAGUGGCACCCAGAGCCAGGAGACAGGGACACAAGAGGCGAGCUGUGGAGGGAGACCCUUCCUCCCCCUCCCCCCCUACACCAGAUGGUCCUGUGGAGGGGCGCUCGCUACCCCUGAGAUCUCGCUACGCGAUCAACGCCUGGAAAAGUUGGGCGCUGUCCUCAGCUGAACAAUCAGAACCUCCACCGGCCUUGUCGACGAGUAACCCGCUCUCUCUGAAAACAUCAGAACUCAGCCUGGCCCUGUCACGAUUUGUCCAUGAGGUACGGCGGCCCAACGGGGAGUGCUACGCCCCCGACAGCGUCCUCUAUCUCUGCCUGGGCAUCCAGCAGCAUCUGCAGGCCAAAGGCAGGAAAGAUGACCUGUUCAGUGACCUGUGCUAUGAGCCGUUUGGAGAGGAGCUCAACAAGGUCCUCAAAGACUGGCAGCCCAGCGUGAUGCCUGAUGGCUCUCGGUGGGGCCGUGUGGAGGAGCAGUGCCUGUGGAGCUGUAAGCUGCUGGGGGAGCAGAGUCCUGCAGCAUUGCUGCGCUCCCUGGUCUAUCUCAACACCAAGUACUUUGGCCUGCGCACUGUGGAGCAGCACCUGCGCCUCUCCUUCAGAAAUGUCUAUGGCCCUGACCACACAGACCCAACCACACAGGAAACCACUGUCUGCAUCUGCAUCCCCUCCUUCUCCCCACAGGACCACCACUUACCAACAGGGUCCAGGAAGAGGAAACUUAAAGAGGACAUUGAUGCAGCCUACGAGCCAGACGAUGGCUCGGGAAGCUCCACACACUGUCCAGUCAAAAAGCACGAGGGCAGAUUCUAUGAACUCUACCGUUCCAAAUGCCCAGGGUCGUUGAGUCAGCGUAUGGAUGUGUUCUAUAUGCAGCCAGAGUCAUCGGGCAGUGACCGUGACAGCUCCCUGUGGUACUCCUCUACUCCUAUGGACCGCAGUGUCCUGGAGAGCAUCCUCACCCCUCUCCUUCUGGUAAAAGACAUCUACAGAGAGCGCCAUCUAGAAGAAGAAGAGGAGGAGGUAGGCGGAGAAUAGUCCACUCUUCCGUCAUCACAGAGAAGAGUCCGCUUAUGCUCCAUGUUCCAUCCGCAACAACAUUACAACUGGGUUGCUGCGUUCUCUGUUAGUAAUUCCACCAUUUCACACCGAUCUCAGGCCAGCUGUGAGCGUACAGUGGAUGUCCGGUUGGAAGGGACUACACAUGCCCAGAGCUGAUCGGAGGACGGUGUUUCCCUGAAGGGCCAAGGAAGGGGACUCUGACUGCGAGUAGCUAGGGUGAUAUUGGAGUGUGUCGUGUGAAAAGCAAUUCCCCAAGAACUGUUGCCCUUCCUUCCAUAGGGGAACUCCGUUCACAUGAUGUAGCAUUACUUGCUAAGCUCAGAUUGGGCUGCUAUGCUGUGUAACUAUUUCUGAAAGUUAAAAGUAGUAGAUGGGAAGAGACAGAGACAUCCACAAGAAAUGCCCACCGAAUCCUCCGCUUUGACCCCCAGAAGCCCUUUUAAAGAUGAGACAUUUAUUUAUUGCGGUUGAUUGAUUGCUUCUAUUGUACAUUUAGUUAUUUUUACGCCGGGAUGGGAUGUGUGUUCGAUUGUGCCCCAUGUGCCAUUUUCCUCUCCUCCAUUAAGAGCAUGAAUUAGUUGAUCAAUUACAUCUGCUGCAGCCUGGAACUCUCCCGUGUCCCGGUCUUUCCCUUCUCUUUGUCCUGAGGGGGGCUGUAGGGGUACUGUCUGGGGCUUCAGAGUAGUUGCAAGUUCAAGUAUGAAGGAGAUGGUAUCCUGCCGAAAGACUAUAUUUUGUCAGUUUGAAUUCCAUUGUGUUUUGUUGUCUCAUUUAAGCUAUUUGAUGUUUAUUAUUUAGUUGAAAACGUAGCACUUGAUAAUGGGUGAUGUAUUACUCCCAACUAAUGAGUGAUAAUCUGUUAAAACGGCAACAACUGAAACUGUUUGUUGCAACUAGGGUGGUCAGAUCUCUUUCAGGAGUAGCACAUUAUAGACCUGCCUGGUUACAUUUCCCAAAUUCACUCCAUCUCCAGGCAUCCAAGUUACAAUAGAAAGCUCUGAAUUUGUCCCCCCCCCCUUUUAAGUUUUUAUUUUUUAUCAAUAAAUUACACAAGCGAAUACCUCGUUUUUACGUUGACUUCUGAAUAGGAUUUUGUUUGUGUUUUAGUUUUCUUUGAAUGACACCUGCCUUGCCUAUUGACUUCCAUGUAAUGUCUGGAGACCACACUUCGAAGCUGGAGGGUGUCUGGAUAGAGCCUGUCAAGGAAAGCCUAAUGUGAAUGUGCCUAUCUGUGUGUACUGAAAGUGUGUGUAACUUCACGAGAGGUUGAUGCCGUGUGGGCUGACAUGACAAAAUAAAUCAUUUCAUUUCUUAAUGUUUA